AUGCCUGUAGUGUUUGUUUUUCAAGAGGGAAUCCGCGUGGCUCCCGGGCGUCGUCGCGACGCUGUGAUCCAAGCCGCUCCUGCCAGCCCGGCAGCCCAGCGAGGAAUUGCAUCUCGACACGGUCCCACGACGACUUCUCGCCACCUUCGUGACAACGUGUCGGCAGAGACAGGACCGACACUGGCAGAGGGCCUCGAAAGGCUGGACUUAAGUCCACUAUCCGCACCGACACCGCCCACGUCCGCCUUCAGCUCUUUCGCCAUGUCGUCCUCCGAAGGCGCUCCGGAGUCCUGGAUCUCCUCGUUCUGUUCUCUUAUGGGCCAUGAAUACUUUGCGGAGGUCUCGGAAGACUUCAUCGAAGAUGACUUCAACCUGACGGGCUUGCAGUCUCAGGUGCCCAUGUAUAAGGAAGCGCUCGAGAUGAUUCUCGAUGUUGAACCCGAAGAGGAUGACGAGGAGGAAGAAGAGGAGGAAGAGGAAGAAGACGAAGAUGAGUUUGGCGAGGGCAAGCCCUCGGGGUAUCGCAGAGGUGAGCGGAGGCACGCGCGCGUCGCCAGCGAUUUGAGUGUGAUUGAGAGCUCUGCGGAGUUGCUUUACGGGUUGAUCCACCAGCGCUAUAUCACGUCGCGCGCGGGUAUCCAGCAGAUGUUGGAAAAGUAUGAAAUGCAGCAUUUUGGUGUUUGCCCACGGGUGUACUGCAACGGUUGCAAGGUUCUGCCUGUCGGUCGUACGGAUACGCCCGGCCAAGAAACCGUCAAGCUCUUUUGUCCCAGCUGCUAUGAUAUCUACACUCCCCCCAACAGCCGAUUUCAAUCAGUGGAUGGUGCCUUCUUUGGAACUACAUUUGGCUGUCUCUUCUUAAUGACAUUCCCGGAACUGGAUAUCGGCGGCACUCGCGCGGAAAGCAUGCUCUCCGCAUCCUCGCUCAGCGCUCAAAACCAGUCCCGGUCCUCGUCUCUGAAUUCGUCCGGCGGCGCGCCGGCCCUCCCAGCACCUGAGCCGCCGCCUAACCAGCCUACUCAGAUUAACGGCAUGCUGACGUCGAAUUUUGCCCCUGGCUUAGGCCCGGGCAAGAUCUACGAGCCGCGAAUAUACGGUUUCAAAGUUUCGGAGCGUUCCAAAUCAGGGCCCCGCAUGCAAUGGUUGCGAAUGAAACCGCUCGAUGUUACUGAGCUGGACGAGGCUGCGAGAUACCAUGCCACCCACGGGAACAACGACGAUGACAGUGAUGACGGAGACACGGAGAUGGGUUCGACAGCUGGUGGCUCCCGGCAGUCGGCGACUGGGACGAGGAGAAAAGCGCCUAUGCGGAAGCGAAGGCAGUUGCCAUCCAGUAAUCCUGACCAGAUGGGCUCGAACGGUGGAGAAGGCGGAUAA